AGGAGUUCCAGGAAGUAGGCUGCCGCCGCGCUGGUGCUCCCCUGAGCUUCUUGAUUUGAGCAGGUGUCGCCGCUCCUCCGGCAGGAUCAUGGUGUUCUACUUCACCAGCAGCAGCGUUAAUUCAUCUACUUACACUAUUUACAUGGGGAAGGAUAAAUACGAAAAUGAAGAUCUGAUAAAGUAUGGCUGGCCUGAAGAUAUUUGGUUUCAUGUGGACAAACUCUCUUCUGCUCAUGUAUACCUUCGAUUGCAUAAGGGAGAGAAGAUAGAAGACAUCCCAAAGGAGGUGCUGAUGGACUGUGCCCACCUGGUGAAAGCCAAUAGCAUCCAAGGCUGCAAGAUGAACAAUGUUAAUGUGGUCUAUACACCGUGGUCUAACCUGAAGAAAACAGCUGACAUGGAUGUUGGGCAGAUUGGCUUUCACCGGCAGAAGGAAGUGAAAAUUGUGACAGUAGAGAAGAAAGUGAACGAAAUCUUGAACCGAUUAGAAAAGACCAAGUUGGAGCGGUUCCCAGACCUAGCAGCGGAGAAGGAGGGCCGAGACCGUGAAGAAAGGAAUGAGAAGAAAGCCCAAAUUCAGGAAAUGAAAAGGAGAGAAAAAGAAGAAAUGAAGAAGAAACGGGAACUGGAUGAGCUCAGGAGCUAUUCUUCACUAAUGAAAGCUGAGAACAUGUCUUCAAAUCAAGAUGGCAAUGAUUCUGAUGAGUUCAUGUGAGCCAAGCAAAGGACCUUGGGAGAUGUGAAUGAACGUUCAAAGUGCUGCAGACCUUGUAAUUCAUCUGUGUUCUGAAUUAUGGAAAACAACCAACCAAAAUUCCACCACUCUGCACAGACAUUAUUCAUUUUGGAAUUUUAAAAAUCAUUCUUUUUGCUGACAGAAAAGGAGCAGAUACCAUGUGUAAUAUAGUUGAACUUGAAGACAACAUAUAACUUUAGGAAAACAAAAUAUUUUUGGCAGAACAUAUGUUAGUACCUUGUGAGAGCUGGCUGCCUUUGUUCUUGAGAUGGACUUUAAAACGAACCAACUAUGGAAAGUAUUUCUGUGGCUGUGGUCUGUCCCUGGGAAUGUGUCAUGAAAUGCUUUUUGUAUUUCUAAAAUAUUUCCAUUUCUCUUAAGACUACUGUAUGUGGGUAAUGCAGGCCAACAACAUUCUCCAGUCACUGAUGUCCUGAUGAAAAGAAGGGACGUGUGCGUUUUGAAGACCACGGUGGUAUUUAAGUUUGUUGAUGUCAGUAUUGAUGCCCCUUGUCAUCAGUGUCAGUGUGGCGAACCGCUCUGUUCCAGCUCUUACAUUCUUGCUUCUUGCAGUGAGGCCUUCAUCUCUUAGCAUCACAGCUAAAUAGUUGAUCUUAAUCAAGUUUGGGCCACAGGGAAGUUGUUACCUAAGCCAAGUCAUAGAUGUGACAACUUUAAGCUAAGUCAUUUCUCCAUGUGGAGGGAGCAGGAAGGGGUGCUCUGUGAAUAGUGGGCCUGGUGGGUUACCUGAUUUUUUUGUCUUGGAUACAUCAUGAAGCAAAAGUCCACAGUGAAUUUUGGUUUUUAGGAAGAAUCAAGCCUUUUUCUAGACUGCCAAGUAUUUGUUUUCGUACCUUGAAAUAAUAUUUAUUUUGAAUUGUAACCCCCAAGUGGUAGACGGAACAACUUCAUAUGUAGCAUUGGGACUCGGCCUGAGCCACCUGCUCUUGGAUGUGAUUCUGACCCAAAGAUACAUUCUUAUUGUAGCAUUUAAGGGAACCCCAGAAAGAACACAGCAGAAAAGAACAGAGCCUGCAAGAUAACCAGCCUGCAGGUUCACGCUGAGCACGCCAGAACUGUACCUGCAGCACUGGUGUUUUGACGUCACAAACGUGGUCCCUUCGGCAAACAUGCUGCUUGUCACCACGUUGGGAGUGUGGGCAGAGCCAGAAAACGAGCUUUCCCUCCUAUUCCAAGUUGGUGUGUGGGCUGAACUGGAAAAUUCCCUGAGGGGAUAUGGAAGCCAGUACCAGAGAUCAGUGAUUAUAUGUGUGUGUCUGAUAUUUAGACUGGAGUUCUGCAAUUAAAAAAUUAUAAUAAAGUUAUCAUUUUUUUAA